AUGUAUCCUGGUGGCCCGAACCCAACCCAAGUGCAGUUUGUGCCUCCCGGCACUGCCUUCAAUCCGCCCUUACCGUUGGUUCUGAUUCACGAUGGAGGUGGCACAACCUUCAGUUACUUUGUCCUGGGCAGCUUAGCACGCGAUGUAUGGGCCAUUCACAAUCCCAAGUUCUUUGACGGUUUACCAUGGGAAGGAGGCAUGGAUGAGAUGGCCAAGAAGUAUCUUGAUCUCAUUGCGGGGGAGCUAAGUGGCCCGAUAAUGCUGGGAGGUUGGUCCCUUGGAGGUUUUUUAUCCCUCGCCAUGGCACGAGUCAUUGCUUCGGACCCGGCAUCGUAUUCCAUUUCCGUGGCAGGGCUACUCAUCAUCGAUUCCCCCUAUCACAUUGCCAGGAGUAAAAUUACGGUGCCAACAUCAAAGGCCGAACUGCCUGGGUUGCCAGCCCUCGUGGAGAAGUCAUUCGAUAACUGCGACGAUAUGCUUCAGGACUGGGAUCUUCCCUCGUGGGAUUCACCAGACGGCGGAGGAGGCUGCACAGAUACACAGUUCACUGUGGGAGGUAAGACAUUUAGAGUCCCAAACGGGGAGGUCCUUCGUAAACCUGCCAACAGCGAUCCCCUUGACAACAAUUGGGAAACUGUUGCAGUAAAACCAUACAAAAUGGAUCCCAAAUCGAAUACGCCAGGUACGGGGGCAGCUGGCAACCCGCCACCUGCUGUCUUACUCCGCUGCAUCAAACGCGCAAAGCCAAAAUCCAACCUAGGCGACAGGCACGGUCUCAGUCAGGGCCAAGGCCAGGGCCAAGGCCAGGGCCAAGGCCAGGGCCACAAUGGCGAUACCCCAGGGUGUUUAGUCGACUUGUUUCGACAUGAAACAUUGCUCGGCUGGGAAGCGCGGUAUCCAGACUUUAUCAAGGCUGUUAUUGAUGUCGAUGCAGACCACUACAACCUAUUUGAGAGGACUGAUACUGUGGGGUUGGAAAGGGUCACGGCACAGAUACUCAAGGCACUUGAGAUUUUGGAUUCUAUGCAUAUAGAAGCGAGGAAGGUUGGGAGAGUGUUUUAA